AUUUACUUUUAUUAAAUAAAUAAAUGUUAUUUAUCUUUUUUAUAAUUUUUAUUUGUAAUGCCUUAGGAUUGGUUGGAAUUAUUAUGAUAAAAUUCAAUAGACCCUAAAUAUUUUGAAACCUACUAAUUUAAUAGGAGAAAAAACUACUGGUAAUCAUAAUCAAAUUCUAACACUCUUAAUUACUAACGUAGUUACCAAACAUGCAAUCAAUUGGGUUUAGGCUCUAAAUAACGAAAUAAAAGUAACUUACAAAUUAAAAUCAAAUAUAAUAUGCAUGAUAAAAUAAAAAUUAUGGUUUCUGCAUGACCCUUUGGUUGGGAGAUUGCAAAACAAAACAAGGAUUUUAAGUCUUAAGGCUAUUUAAAUUUUUAGAAUGUUCACAUACACCAGAGUCAAUGUCCGGUGUAAUCCGACCAUAGCACCUCCAUCCAGUUAGAAUGGAGGCAAUUGAUACCUCUAGUCCCUUUCCUUUUGUUCAUUUGAUCGUCACCUUUCCUCACAGUUUAUGCAAAUAAAUAAAAUAAAAUAGUAGAUUAGGGCACGUUUAAUAAUUUAAAAUUGAAAUAAUUGAAAAAUAUUAUUUAAAUCAAAAUAUAUUUGUUUUCUGGCUUGAAAAUCGGCUUGGUUAUUUCACCUUUUGAACUUUCCACGUUUAAAGGCAUAUCAUGUUUUUUUCUCCAAAAUUCACCCUAAGGCACAAGAAAGGGGAAGAAGGAAGAGAGAGAGAGGAGAGAGAGAGGGGUAUAGAGAUGUAAGGCUAAACUUUUCACUUUCCACAUUUAAAGGCAUAUCGUUUUUUCUCCAAAAUUCACCCUCAGGCACAAGAAAGGGGAAGAAGAAGAGAGAGAGAGGGGUAGAGAGAUGUAAGGCUAAACGUUUCUUUAAAAUGUCACUUUCCAAUAAUUACCCAAACAACUCACUCUCCAACAACCACACUCUCCACUUUCAAUGAUUAAACACUUCACUCUCACUUUCCAAAUUAUAUACACCUUUCACUUUUCGAGUCAUACAUAAUUCACCUUUCAAAACAUGUGUCACUCUACAAGAAAUAUACAAUUCACCUUUCUGAAAAUACACUCAUCAAACACCUUACCUAUCAAAAUCCCACAUUUUAACUUUUAUCUUUCUCAUACAUUACCUUUCAACACACAUAUUUCCCACAAAAUCAUACAUUUUAUUUUUCACAUGCACAAUUCAUUUUCCCAAAAUUUUCUACAUCACCUUCCGAAAUCACUCUUUACCUUUCAAGAUAACACACUUUACUUUCCAAAAUCACUCACAGACACUUUACUUUUUCACAUUUACACAUUUUCACCUUUUCAUUCUCACCAUGGCCACUACAAUGAAACCAUACACAUUUGAGAAUGAAAAUCACAUUUCUUCCUAUCAUGCAACAAACAUCAAACUUCCUCAUAGUUGAAACUCAACAAUUUCUACUAAAAUGCAAUCAUAAGAUAGAGGAUUUAAUCCUAAUUUAUUCCCUCCAAAUUUCAAGAAAAUAUUCCAUUAACACAAAUAACAUUGCAUAAAAUCUAUACAAAUUCAUAUUUGAAACAAGAGAUAUAUGAAAGUUUUCUAACAUAAUUGUCCACAUGACUUUCCUCAUAAAACUCAAACAAGUAAAGAAAAAUUGAGAUUCAAGAAAGCAUAAAAGCAUCUUAUCAUCCACCAUAACUCUUGGAGCUAAAUAUGCCUCCAACCCAUUUAUUUGCUUCAAUCCAACUUUUAAGCCAAAUGCAAAUAAGAGAAAGAAGGUUUUGAUAGGAAUUUCAUUUCAUCUCGAAAGAAUUCAAGAGACCUUUUAACAUGAAGCUCACAAUCCUUGCUAAAGCUCAAAGAAAACUGUCCAACAUAAAGCAUGUGACCUUGCGUUGAAUCAACUCGAACUCACAAAUGAAUCAUAAAAUACAUGAAGGUUCCCCAAUCUAGAUAAAACUCAUCAAAUGACUAUAGGUGUUCAUCUAUGCUAGGUUACGACUAGGUUACGAAGACCUAGGAGCUAAUGAUGGAUUCUGGUGAAAUUGACCUCGAAUAAUGAGGUUAACAAGUAUCGUCAACCAAGACCUAUCUAAUAUUUUCUCCAUUGACAACCAAUAUCAAAGAGAGAACUCACAACCAAAACCUAGUUAUAAAUUAUCAUACUAUGGCACAACUCAAAACAAUCAAUGAUUGAUAAAAGAAAACACAAGUACUAAUAAUGCGUAGAAUGAAACACAUUCAUAAGAGAUCUAACUCAAACAUGAUAAAAUUUUACAUAAAAUCUGUUACCUCAGUUAUGACUCUUAACCCUUUCUCAUGUAAUUUUCCAAUGACACUUCUUGAAAUACAUUAGGAUUUACUACUUGUUCUUGAAGUGAGCAUUUUUGAAUGCAUAAUAGCCAUUUCCUUGUGCAUAGCGAAGAGAAUCCUCAAUAUACUACAUAGAUUUCUCAUACUCAUUGAUAAGCUUUUAAGCAUCAGUGGGAUCAAUGGUUUUCUUCUUGAUUCACUUUACUGACUUGAUCAUUUCAUUAUGGAGUUCAACCAUCAUCGUGACUAAUAUUUUAUUUGGUACAGCUUUUUUAUUGCUUCUUAAAGUUGUUUUAAAAAGCAGUAAAAAAGCCACCCUAAACCCACGUUUAAAAUUGCACAAUAAAGGCGCUUCUUGAGGCGCGCCUUACCGCAAUGCGGUCCCUUUAAACCUCAAAGCCUACACAAUAAGUUAAGGUUUUGAGGCUUACGUCUCAAGUUUAAUGAGGCGCGCCAUAAGGCGUGCCUCGCUUCACAUUUUUGAGGCGACGCCUCUAAUAAAAAUAACCUAAUUUUUUUUUUCAGUUCCGACCCGUAAUUGCGCCUAGAGAGAUGUCGACGUGGCAUCAACAUUUAAACCUUGGUAAAGGUCGAAUGUCAGACACCGCGUUACGGUUUUCAAGUUCCAGCAAACGUUUCAACUUCCAAGCAUUCACUCCGGAGCAAUUCCAAGCAUUCCCUCAGUUCCUUCUCAAAUGUCGUCACCCACCAAGAAAAAGGUAAAUUGCUGCCAUGAUUUCUGUUCAAUUCUGUGUAUUUUAUGGUUAUGCUAUGCGUAUGUGUUCAAGGUUUUAAAGUUUUUCAUUUUUUUUCCUUAUGCUAUGCGUAUGCGAUGCUUCUCGAAACUUUUUAAAUGUUUAAUUGAUACUUUGAUUCCAUCAGGUUUUCUCUGUAUUUAGGGUUUAUAAUUUUAUGUUGAAAUUUAAAAUAUAAACCCUAACUAAAUUUUAAGCAUCAAGUACUCUCUGCGUAUGCUGUGCGUACUAUAUGUGUACGUUGUGCGUACAAACUGCCUGCGUGCGUAUUUUAUGCGUGCGUAUAAUUUGCUGUCAUAUUUUCUGAAAUGUGCGUUCUUGUGCGUAGGUUGUGAGUACUUUAUGCGUAUGUUGUGCGUGAUCGUUGCUUGUGCUGUGCAUAUUUUAUGCUUAUGUGUGCAUUUUUUGUGCGUAUCUUAUUUACUUAUUCUAUAUGUUUUUAUUUUUUAAAAUUUUCAGAUAUAUGUUCAUCCAAUUGCCUAUCGAUGCUAUGUUUCUACUUUACGAUUAAUCUGUGAUAAAUUUGCUCAGCAAAUUUCUCCUGAAGUCCUGGAUACAUUGAAACGAUUGAAAAUCAUAUAGUUUUUGCAAUUUCCUGGAUUUGAGCAAAAUAUCCCUUUUAUUUAUGAGCUGAUAUCAUGAUUUAACAUUUCAAAGCAAUGCUUUGUUCUAAAAGGUGACUCCAUUCCUUUCACUGCUAAUGAAGUGGCCAUACUUACUGGUCUGCCAAAUAAAGGAGAAGAAAUAUCCUGGCAUUCCUUAGCACAUACUUCAGUUACAUCAUUGGAAAUUAAGGCAGACAUGCUGGAGUUGAACAAGCAAACCCCCCCUCGAGACUUUGUUAAGAACGUUUAUCAUGUAUUUAUAUUCAAAUUUACUUUUUCAACUUAACAACUUCAAAACCCCUCGGUUGUUUCAAAGAAUAGCAAAUAAUCCAAAAGAUUUUUUGUCAAUAAACUGGGCUAGUUCAAUUAGGGAAUUUUUAGUUGGAGAGUUUAAUAAGGUCUCAUUCAAGAUUUCAAAUAAGAAGCUAACAGGUUACAUCAACACUUUUGUACCUAUGCUAAUUGUGAGUGCUAAGUGCUAACUAUUAAAUUCAUUCAAAAUUUUUUUGGCUCAAUAUGAGUGCUAAUUUUUUUUUUCAUCUUGUGCAGAUUUGGUUCCUCGAGCAUACUUCUUUUCAUGCUCCUAUAUAUACUGAUAAAAGGUCCCGUUUUCUACGAUAGGCCAAUGAUAUUGUAUAUACUAUAGAGGUGGUCACUAACUUAUUUGUUAAUAUAAGGAAAAGUUAAAUUUGUAAUGUCCUCCAAGCAGUUUACCAGGUUGAAAUGGAUAUGGUUAAUAUCAAGAAAUAUUCAUCAGACAGCCCUCCAUCCCCUGAUUCCCCUCAUGAAAUAUUCACCCAUCAAAACAACCCCUCAAUCUCCCUAUCAUACCCCACCUCCUCAACAAGACCCUCAUCAAUCUCCUCUGUAAGACCUUCACCAAUCUCCUCAGCAACCACACUUAAGUUUUUCUGCUGAAGCAUUUGAAUCUCUGCAAGAAAGAAUAAUCAAAUCCUACCAAGAAACAUGCAUAAAACUUUUUCUUGAAUUUGAAGAUAGGCUGAGCACAAAGCUUAAAGACCUAACUGAUUUAAUUAAAGUUAUUAAGGUCAAACUCAAUAAUUACAUUGAUCAAAGCAAAAUACUUUAUCAGAAAAGAUCUGUUAGCUACUCUUCAUCUUUCAAUAAGAGACAUAAAUCAGAUAUCCCUCCCCACAACCCCAAUGAACCAAUCCCUCAAAAUGAGCCAAUCACAUCCAGAAAUGAGCCAAUCCCAGCAGAAAUGCAACUUAUUCCAUAUACAAAUCCAAAUGAACCAAUACCAAUAGAUGACAUUCAUAUAAAUCUUAUAACUCAUGAUUAUGCAAAUGAAAUAAAAAAUUAUAAAGGUCUUAUGAGUUUGAAUUCUGAGAAGAGAAAUUUUGAGCAUGAAAGUUUGAAAAAGUUCAAUCAAAGGUAAAAAAAUUGCAAAUUAUUUUAUGUUUGAAUAUUUGUAUGCGUGAGUUAUGCGUAUGAUAUGUGUAUUAUAUGCGUAUGGUAUGCUUAUGAUACGCGUAUGUUAUGCGUAUUUUAUACGUAUUGUAUUAUAUGCUUAUAGUAUGCUUAUUAUACGCGUAUUACAUGCGUAUGAUAUGCUUAUGUUAUGCAUAUUAUAUGCGUAUUACAUGUGUAUGGUUUGCUUAUGAUACGCGUAUUGUAUGCUUAUGAAAUGCGUAUUUAAUAUUUUUUUUUGUAGGGACGAUAAUAUCUUGUUUAUUAGUAAUAUUCUUAUUUCUAGAGCUGAAAUUGACGAGUUAUUAAGCGACAAUUAUGUAGGCAAUGAACAUGUAGAUCUUUUUGCUCUUUUGUUAGAUGAGAAAUGUAACCUUAUGCCUGACAAGUAUCAUAAAUUUCUAUACAUCUCUCCAGUCUAUUGGGUUAGUAACUUAGUAUUCAAUUAAUCAGUUUAACUAUUGAAUUAGUAACUUAGUAUCUAUUUCUUAGUUCUUACAUAGUUACAUUUACUACUUGUACUUGCAGAAUAACAAAGGAAGGGAUAAAUUGGCCAAAUUGCAAAUCGACCAUAUAACUGAACUUUCUGUUUCUUCAAACAACAUUUUAUUACAGCCAAUCAUUGAAUCCUCGCACAUUACCCUUCUGGUUGGUUUGCUGAAAGAACAAAAGUGAAAAUUUUAUGACUCGUUACCCCACAGUGUCAAAGAGCAUAGGUUUGUUGUUCCAAAAAUCCUUAAAGCCCUAUAUUCUGACAUGAAGGAUAUUUUAAUAGUGAUAUUAGAAAAUGGAAGCUUUCUACCAUUAAAGGUGCACCAAAACAGGAGAAUUAUGUAGAUUGCGGAAUGUAUGUCUGUAAAUAUAUAGAAAGAAUAAGUCUUGAAGGCAACACUAAUUGGACUGAUAGUACAAAUUGGCAAGAAGACAUGCCGAAGUAUAGGGCAGAAUUUGCAUAUGAAAUAUUUUGUAAAACGUUGGAAAAAUAACAGUUUUUCAUUGUAUAAAUAUUUAUCAUUCUGUGUAUAAAUGUUUUUGUGUAUAAAUAUUUUUGUGUAUAAAUGUUUAAACAGUUUCUGUAUAAAUGUUUAUCAUUCUGUGUAUAACUAUUUAUUUUUGAAGAAUAUAUUUUUCAAUUCUAUGUAGAAAUGUUAUUUACAUUGAUUUGAUUAAAAAAUAACUUAUUAAAUGAUAAUACGCAUAAAUUACGCAUAUCGUACGUAUUGUGUAGGCAUAUUGUACGCAUAUAAUACACAUAUCGUAAGCAGAUAAUAGGUAUAGAAUACGCAUAAUAUGAUGUUUGAAAGAUUUUGUGAUUGACAUUUGGGUUUAAAGAUUAGUGUUUGAAUUUCUUAUUUGUUUUAACGAAAAAAAUAAUUUUAUAAAUGGUUUUUAAACGUUUUUAAAUAAUACGCAUAAUGCAUGUACAAAAGACAUAGUACGCAUCAUACACGCACAUGUUACGCAGUAAAUUUUAUUAUCAAAUUUUAUUAAAUAUUUUUAAGAAUACACAUGACGCACGCACACAACACACAUAUCGUACGCAGUAUACACACACAUAGUACGCACAAAAGACGCACAUAGUACGCAUAAUACACGCACACAUUACGCAGAAAAUUUUAUUUAUCAAAUUUUAUUAAAUGUUUUAAUUAAUAUCUAUCUUUGUUUUUAAAUUACUUACAUUAAAUUGAUGAGUAAUAUGUUUAACACGUUGAACUUAAACUUGUUAUUACAAAUUAGACGCAAUAUGAUUAUUAUGAUUUCAUUUUUUAUUCUUGAAUAUGAUAUUUGAAUAAGUACAAAGGAUUUAUGGCUCUUGGAGGAUUGUAUUUAAGAAAGAGAAAUAAGGAAUAUGAUGUUUGAAAGAUUUUGUGUUUGACAUUUACGUUUAAAGAUUAGUGUUUAAAUUUCUUAUUUGUUUUAACGAAAAAUAUAAUUUUAUAAAGGUUUUUUAAACCUUUUUAAAUAAUACACAUAACGAACGCACAAAAGACGCAUAGAGUACGCAGAAUACACGCACAUAUUACGCACAUAAGAUGCAUAGUGUACGCAUAAUACACGCACACAUUACGCAGUUAAAUGUUUUACUUAAUAUCUAUAUUUAUUUUUAGGUUACUUAACAUUUUUUAUGAACUGAGGGGCCGUGACAUGAAUAAUAAUUUUCAUUAGUUGUGGACUGACGGGUGGCAGAUAUGAUUGGGAGGAUUGGUUGAAUUUUUAUGAGUCAUUAUUUACAAUUUAUUGCUUACUGUUGUUCAAUAUUAAAAUUUCCACUAUAUAAAUGCGGGAACGCUUAGCUUAUGGUAACGCAUGAUUUUUAAACAGAAGUAAUGCAGGCUUGACAGAAGGUUAGAUUUUUUUACUUCAGAGCUUAGUCUAAGGUUGCUGUUAGUUUGUGAUUCUUUUGAGGAUGAGGAUAAAUAAAAUAUUUCAAAAUUAGGUAAUCCUUAGUCUCAAAUGAAUCACAAUCUACUAACAGCUUUAAACUUCGCUCUUAAUUCUUAAGUAAAAAAUCUUAUCUUCUGUUAAGCCUGCAUUACUUCUGUUUGACAAUCAUGUUUAAUAUUUUUAAUAGAAUGUACAUAGGUUCUAUUGUAAAAUUGUAUUUGUUAUAAAUGUUCUUUUAAUUUGUUAUUGUAUUUUUUAUAUUGUACAUAGUCAUUAAAAUUGUAUUUAUCAAAUUCUAUUAAAUGUUCUUUCAAUUAAUUUUUUUUCAAAAUACGCAAUGUUCACGUAGAGAGUACGCACAUCACACGUAUGGUGAACGCAAUGUAUACCCAUAUAUUACGCACAGAGUACGCAUAGAUUACGCACAAUAUAAUAUUGAACACAUCCAGUACUCAUACUAUAACAAGAAAAUCAUAUAUUUUAUAAAAUAUUAAUACAAAAUCAUACAUUAAGUUACACCUGCUCAAACUGCUAAUUUACAAAUACUUUAGAAAAAGUUUUACAAAAUACGCAUGGAAUACGCAUAUAAUAUGUCGUACAUACGCAGUGUAUACGCAUAACAUACGCAGAAAAUACGCAUAGAUUACGCAGUGUUCUGCUUUAUCAACAGCUCGACAUUAUAUAAUACCGAACACAUCUAACACGCAUAUUAAACCCUAAACGAGAGUUGUUCUCUUCGCCUUUUGCUUGGAGGUUUCUUCUACUGCGAGACUGCGAGUUGGGCCGCUGUCUUCUCCGUCCGACCGGCGUACGCUUCUGUUCGAGGCUGCUGUCUCCUCCGACCUGCAUCAUGUCAUAGAAAUGAUUAGUAAGAACUCGUUUACUUCCUAUUUUUGCUCAAUCAGGAGGGUCAGAAAUAAGGAUAAAGCUGUAUCAGGUCAUAGAAAAGAUCCAGCAUGGAAACAUAGCACUCAGGUGGAUGUAGGAGGUAGUGAUAAAACAUAUGUCUAUUUGAAAUGCAAUUACUGUGAUAAAGUUGUGAAAGGUGAUGUGACUAGGAUGAAGGAACACCUUUCAGGUUCUCACAAGAAUGUUGCUCCAUGCUUCAAAGUUCUUGAUACUAUAAGGGAUGAGAUAAAGUCAUACAUGAAUAAGUCUACCAAAUCAAAACAUUUUCCACAGAAGCAAUUUGAGGACAGAGCUGAUGUUGGAUCUUACUACGGGAGUGAGGGCAGCGUUAGAGAUUCCUCUUCUUCUAUGAAGCCCAUUUCAUCUAGGGGUGCUAGAGGGCCUAUGAAUUAUUAUAUGGUUGACACAUCAGAGGAUCGGCCUUCUGCUACACAGAAGAUGGCCCUAGAAAAUGCAUGGGAGGCGCGGAGAAGAGUGUGUAAGGAUAUAGGCAGAUUCUUCUACGAAAAUGCAAUUUCAUUUAAUGUUGCAACAUCACCUGCUUAUUACAACAUGAUUCAUUCAGUUGGAGCAUUUGGGAGAGGGUUCAAACCUCCAACCAUGUAUGAUUUAAGAAUAUGGAUUUUGAAGGAGUUGGAAAGUAAUGAUAAAAGCAUCGAAGAAAUUAAGAAAAUUUGGGCUCAAACAGGAGUAACAAUUAUGUCAGAUGGGUGGUCUGAUAUCAAACAUAGAAGUCUGAUCAACAUUCUCAUUAAUAAUCCUUAUGGUACCGUGUUUUUAAGGUCAAUUGAAGCAUCUGACCAGGUCAAAGAUCCUGAGUUCAUAUUUGAAUUAUUAGAUAGCAUUAUUGAUGAGGUUGGAGAACAUUUGGUUGUACAAAUUGUGACAUAUAAUGCAAGUUCUUAUAAGAUUGCAGGUAAUAAACUUAUGGAGAAGUGAAAACAUCUGUACUGAACUCCAUGUGCUGCACAUUGUAUAUAUCUGAUUCUUGAGAAGCUUGGGGAGCUACCUCAACAUAAAAAUGCACUCACUAAAGCCAAAAAAUAACCAAGUUUAUUUACAAUCACUCUUGGGUUCUAGCUCUUAUGAGAAAAUUUUUGAAAAAAGAAAAUCUAAGGCUAGCAGUAACAAGAUUUGCCACCGCUUAUUUGACCUCAGAGAGCAUGCUGGAUGCUAGGCAAUCUUUAGAGGCUAUGUGAACAUCUACACAGUGGUUGAGUUGUACUUGAACGAAGAAGGCUGUGGGAAAAGAGAUUAGAAAGAUUGUUUUAAAUGACAGAUUUUGGCAAAUUGUCUUAUAUGCCAUUACAACCACUAGACCUUUAGUUCAUGUUUUAAGGAUGGUGGAUGCUGAGAAGAAGCCUGCAAUGGGUUUCAUCUACAAUUCCAUGGAUGAAGCCAAAGAGAUGAUUGCCUCCAACUUAGGAGGCAGUGAUGGAAGCUUUAGGGAAAUUUGGAAUAUUAUUGAUGAUAGGUGGGAACUACAGCUUCACCGACGCCUGCAUGCCGCUGGCUACUACCUAAACCCUCUAUAUCAAUAUGCAGAGAACAAGUCUACAAACCCUGAAAUAAAGUUGGGAUUGUAUCAUUGCAUGGAUCGUCUAAUAAGUAAUGCAACUGAAAGAUUAAAUGCUGACAUGCAAUUGGUACCUUUUAGAAACAAAGAAGGUUUUUUUGAUUACAACAAGCAAAAGAUACAAUUGCCAAACAAUCUCCAGUUAAGUGGUGGAUUCAAUUUGGUGAUGGGACUCCAGAAUUACAGCGUUUUGCUGUGAAAGUUUUGGGCUUGACAUGCUCUUCAUCUGGCUGUGAAAGAAAUUGGAGUACAUACAAUCAAGUGCAUACAAAAAGGAGAAAUCGCUUGUCGACAUUGAGGAUGAACUCACUGGUGUACAUUAUGUACAAUAGGAGACUUAGAGAUAGAAAUUUGAAGAAAAAAUGAUUAAUGGAUGAUGAACUUUGCUUUGCGAUGAUGUGGUAUCUGAUGAUGAGUGGUUUGUAGAUGAUGAAGUUAAAGUGAUGCCGUCUGAAUUACAAGAUGAAGAUUUAAAUGUUGAUUUGUGUGAUGGUCUUAAAGCAUCCACAUCCACCACAACUCAGGAACAAAUCAAAAAAGGGAAGAGGAAGAUAAUUGAUAAUGAGGAAGAAGAAGCUGAUUGGGAGA